AUGUCCAGUCCAGGAGAACAACAGCCUCUCCUCGCUUUUCCCUAUGAGGAGGACAGUGUACCCACUGAGCGGCCUAAAGGGACUCUCAGUGUCUGGCGCGAGAACAUUUCGUGCAUUUUAGAGUCCCAACGCUUUCACACAUUCGUUAUUGCAUUGAUUGUGAUUGAUGCUACUUGUGUCCUCGCUGACCUAGGAUUCACCGUUUUGUCCGAUGGAUGCACCCCGUCAGAUGAUGGCCCUGAGUGGCUCGAAGUCCUGGCCACUAUAUCUCUUGCCAUAACCACGCUCUUUCUUAUUGAAAUACCGGUUACCCUCUGGGCUUUUGGAAUUCGUUUCUACACCCCAUUCUCAGGUGUUCCACAUGCAGCUUUUCAUCUAUUUGAUGUCGCGAUCAUCAUCACGACUUUCGUACUCGAAUUUGUCCUCAAGGGACGCCAACGUGAAUUGGCUGGACUGCUAAUUAUGCUUCGUCUGUGGCGAUUGGUGAAGCUUGUUGGAGGCAUUGCCGUGGGAGCUGCGGAACUGGAAGAAGAAACAGCACAGGAACUCGACCAGACAAAGAGACAGCUUGAGGGCACCACAAUCGCACUUGCGAAGGCCCGUGAGGAGAACCGCAAGCUGCGUGGCCGGGUGGCCUGGUUAGAGACAGGCGGAUCCGAAGGAACCGAGUUUUGA